AUGACAUGUGAUAAUAAUAUAAAUAUUUUAAAGACUAGUAAUAAAGUAUUGACAAAACCUACAGACAUAGCCACAGCUUUCAACAACCAUUUUAUUGACAUAACAAAUGGAUACAAAGAGGAAUAUUAUAAAAUGAACUCUAAACGAACUGUGAGUCACUCAAUGUUUCUAAAACCAGUUUCACAGAACGAAGUGAAAAGACAGGUUUUAUCAUUAAAUAAUACAAAUUCUGAAGGAUAUGAUGAAAUAUGUACAAAAAUAAUAAAAGACAGCAUCGACGAGAUAAUAGAUGUUUUAACUCACCUAAUUAAUUUAUCUUUCUCAAGCGGAACGUUCCCUGAGCUUUUAAAAGCAUCCAUAGUAAAACCCCUUUAUAAGAAAGAAUUCUUCUAUGCCUUCAAGAAAAGAUUUUAUUCCUUCUUUCUUAAAAGGCCGGCAACGAACUUGCGAUUCCCCUGGUUCCUCGCUAUCUGGUGGCCAUUGAAAUGCCAGAUCACUAAACGCCGCGCCAGAAUGAUGAUAGUCUUCAUCUGGAUCUUCGCCAUCCUCGUCACAUCACCGUGGGUCUUCUUCUUCGAUCUCGUGGUCGUAUUCGACGACAACCCCAACGUGCGACUCUGCCUUGAUGUCUGGCCAAACCCCCUCAGCGAAGUCCUAUACUUCGUUUUAGGCAAUCUAAUCUUCUGUUACAUUCUACCCAUGGUCCUCAUUACCAUGUGCUACAUUCUCAUCUGGAUCAAAGUAUCAAGACGAUCUAUCCCCACGGACACACAAGAUGCCCAAAUGGAGAGAAUGCAACAAAAGUCUAAGGUGAAGGUCGUCAAAAUGCUCGUGGCAGUCGUUAUCAUCUUCGUACUCUCUUGGUGCCCCUUAUAUCUCAUAUUCGCCAGGAUAAAGUUAGGAGGUCCAAUUCAGAAAUGGGAGGAAGACAUAUUUCCAAUUAUAACGCCUCUUGCCCAAUGGCUCGGGUCUUCAAACUCUUGCAUCAAUCCCAUUCUCUACGCAUUCUUCAACAAGAAGUACAGGAAAGGCUUCGUAGCCAUAAUUAAGAGCAGAAAAUGCUGCGGAAGACUGCGUUACUAUGAGACUAUCGCUUUGCAGUCAUCGAGUACCUCGACAAGAAAAUCUUGGCAUUACAAUAAUAACAAUCAUGCCUCGAUCACCCGUAGAUCUCCUCCGAUGGAUAAAAACGCGGUUUCCUUCAUCUUCAACCAUACCGGAGUGUAA